AAUAGAUAAGAAAUCAUCGGCUUUCUUCGCUUCCCUCCACGGUCCACAAAUGUUAAAACUCGUCGCCUAGAAAGAAAAAUUUAAACUCGUCAGCAUCUAUAAGAUGGAUUCGGAAGCAACAGAAUUCUCUCUUUCGAACUCGCUACAAGUCAUUCCGAUGUCUGCUGAAGUCUAAAUCAUCACCAUGAGGGUAGAAGCAGUAGCAGCAGCUUCAACUGCUGCCGUUGCUUUCCGGGCAACAUCGCCGAUUUCUCCUCUUCUUCUUCUUCCCUUCACCGGAAGAAGAAAACUUUGCUUCAUUAGAGUUCGUACUCCAUCGAGAACCCUAAUCAGAGAAAACUCAAGAAUACACAGAGGAAACCCAAGCGCCACGGUUAGGGUUUCAUCGAGCAACCAACUAGCAACGACGACGGAAGAUGAAUCACCGUCAUCAUCCCCGUCUGUUUCGGUAGAUUCUGGUGCCGAUGUCGUUAGGAAAUUUUACGACGGGAUCAACCGUCGGGAUCUCGUCUCUGUCGAAUAUCUCAUCGCCGAGAACUGCGUUUACGAGGAUCUCGUCUUCCCACGACCGUUCGUCGGACGCCAGGCAAUCCUAGGAUUCUUCAACAAGUUUAUUGACUCCAUCAGCAAAGACCUGCAGUUUGUUAUUGAUGACAUAUCUAAUAUGGAUUCCUCAGCAGUCGGUGUUACAUGGCACUUGGAAUGGCAGGGAAGACCUUUUCCAUUUAGCAAAGGAUGCAGCUUCUAUCGUUUGGAGAUAUUAGAUGGGAAGCGACAAAUAAUAUAUGGGCGAGACAGUGUGGAACCUUCUAUCAAGCCUGGGGAGACUGCCCUUGUUGCCAUUAGGGGUGUAACUUGGUUGUUGCAACAGUUCCCACAACUAGCAAAUCAGUUAAAAUGAAAGUCUACAAUUGUGGCCAGGCAUUCACAACUUAACCAUGAGGUUGUUAUCAGUUACGUUUAGAAAUUGAAUACUGUAAUUUCAUGAAGAUCCUGCUGCCCCAUGAUCUCAUUAUUUUGUACAGUGGUUUGUAUAUUCUGCAUAGAACUGUGAAGUUAUCAACUGUUUGAGAAGAGAACUAGAAACUUGGUUGUAACCUCUUAUAUUGAAUUUAGUGUUGGAUUUGGCAAUUUAGUUUAUUAACUUUAAAUUAUCA